GCCAUACACAGCACAGGACAGGAGUGAGGGUGUUACUGGAGGAGGGGUGAGAAGAGGCAUAAUUUACCAUCUAAAACCAUCAUGGAAUCACUGAUCAGCGCGUUUUUAAUCGGGAAUAUGCAUGUGUGAUAACUUUGGACUUUUGGGGCCUUUCUGCAGGAGAACCAAACCUCAGACACUGAGUUAACUCUUCUACAUAACUUGCAUUUUCAGCUGGAGAACAGGUUGUAUUACUUAAGACAUAAAGCUGGACUAUCUCUGGUUUGGGCCUGUAUGAGCAACAUGUGGAACUUCAGCAGGAGGUGUGUCAGCUCAGACACCUGUUUAACCUGUUGGCUUUGAACUACCACACAAACACAGUGGAUCAUGGGACAUCCACAUAUGGAGACAUUGGAUGUACAAAUGGAGGAUGCUGGGAAUGAAUAAUGGCUGACAAGUCCGGUCCAAUGGUAGCCGCUGUGCCAAAUCCUUCAACUCCAAAUCUUACCACAGCCCUGUGGGAGACCAAUCCUACGGUUCCUGCUGAUGUGGGCGUCGUCACGAGCUCCCAGUCACAGAUCAAAGACCUUUUUGGCUUGUUCUGCAUGGUGACCCUUAAUCUCAUCGCUUUGCUGGCCAACACCGGUGUGAUGGUGGCCAUCGCUCGUGCUCCUCACCUCAAGAGAUUUGCGUUUGUGUGUCACCUCUGUGCAGUGGACCUGGUGUGUGCCAUCCUCCUCAUGCCUUUGGGUAUCAUUUCCAGCUCACCGUUCUUUGGCACUGUGGUGUUUACUGUUUUGGAGUGUCAGGUUUACAUCUUCCUUAAUGUUUUCCUCAUCUGUCUGUCCAUUCUCACCAUCACGGCCAUCAGUGUAGAGCGCUAUUUCUAUAUUGUGCACCCGAUGCGUUAUGAAGUCAAGAUGACCAUCAACCUUGCUAUUGGUGUCAUGCUCCUAAUCUGGGUCAAGUCACUCCUUUUAGCUUUGGUCACGCUGUUUGGGUGGCCGGCUUAUGGACAUCAGAGCUCUAUUGCAGCAGCUCAUUGCUCUCUGCAUGCGAGUCACAGUCGCCUGAGAAGAGUAUUUGCUGUGCUCUUCAGUGUGGUUUGCUUCCUGGCUCCUGCGGCGGUUAUUUUUGCUGUUUACUGUGCUGUGUACAAGGUGGCUCGCUCUGCAGCCCUGCAGCAAGUCCCUGCGGUGCCGACAUGGGCCAACUCUAGCCCUGCCAAGGAUCGCUCAGACUCCAUUAACAGUCAGACCACCAUGAUCACCACCACACGUACUCUGCCCCAGAGACUAUCUCCCGAGAGGGCCUUCAGCGGAGGCAAGGCUGCACUUACUUUGGUGUUCAUCGUGGGCCAGUUCUUGGUGUGUUGGUUGCCCUACUUCAUCUUCCACCUGCAGAUGUCCUUGACUGGCUCCAUGCAGAGCCCUGGGGACUUAGAGGAGGCAGUCACCUGGCUGGCCUACUCCUCUUUUGCAGUUAAUCCCUUCUUCUACGGCCUGCUGAACAGACAGAUUAGAGAGGAGCUGGUGAAGUUUCGGCGUUGCUGCUUAACCCAACCUGUGGAGUUUGGGGCAUCCAGCCACGAGGGCUCACUUCAGGAAAACUUCCUCCAGUUCAUCCAGAGAACCAAUAGUGCAGCUGAGACUCGCUCCAACUGUGCCAAUGCCAGUCCCAGAAACACAGACAGAGGAAUAAAAAUCCCUGGACAAAUACCUGAGGAGCAUGCUUAGACACUGAGCAGCUUGAAUGGUGGACUAGAGUGCUAAUAUGCAGGCCAAGUCAGAUGUUUUUCUCUAAUUAAUAGACCCACCUUUUAAGCAUCCUGAAAAAAUGUCACACCUAUAUAUACUGUAUACACUGAAAUGAUCAGUUGUUGCUGUAAUUCUCCAUAGUGAUCACAAAGUGGAGAAAAUCCAGUUGCAGUAUGAACAUAUUGAACAGUUACACUAAUCUCUCAAUAUCAAUAUGAACUUUUGUAUUGUUUGAAGAAAGACUGAAAAAAAUGUGUACCGGUCCUUUAAAUGCAUCUUAAAUGUCCAAUGCCUUUUAUUGUUUAAUUCUGAUAGGCUUUCUUAUUAUAGGUCAAAGUGCUAUGGCUGACAGCUUUUUCCCUGUGUAUAUAUUCCAUUCGUAUUGCAAUUGUCCUGAUGUUUAUCAUUGUGUAAAUGUGGUGUGUGUAACUGCAAUAACAAGGUCAUGUUUGGAUGGACGUUGUAAAAUGGUUUAUUGCAUUUAAUUCAGGGCAUUUGUGUUCCAGAUAUGACUAUGAUUUGGUGCCUCUGUGUCAUUAACAAUAUACUGUAUAUUCAAAUGUUAUAUUUAUGGUCGAGUGUAUUGAAAUUUGUAAAGUGCCGCAGAUAAAUGUUGCCUAGCAGUGGUCCUUAACUUGAUAAACAGCAGCACAGUGUGACUCCCACAUAUCAACAAAUUAUCCCUUCAGAGCGCUCAGUGUGAGGCGCUUCUCUGAAUAUGAGGGAUAAUACCUCAGAGUUCCUGCGUGCAACAGAUAUGCUGAUAGAUGGUGAAUGUCAUCUGCCCCCGUCGUCAUGGAAAUUGAGUGAGCUGAUGACUCACAUAGCAACAGCGACCUUUUAGCUGGAUGUAUGCUUUAGCUUUGGGUCCUGAUUGGAGUGUGCUAAUUUACAUGCAGACUGAUUACACAAGGCCUUUAAGUUCACAUAGAGACUCAUUAACAUGUGAACAGAGGCUGAAGGUAGGUGGCACAGGUCCCUGCGAAUAUGGACUAUUAUAUUGGGCCAUGGGGAUGGUGAGGCGGAGAUAGUGAAUUUACAAUGGAAAUCAUUACUAGGCAUUGAUAUCGCUCCGAGAGUGGUAACAAAGUGCUAUUUUAUGGCCUCUGGUGUUUGUAUUAGUCUUUCGGAGACAGCGGGAAAGACAGAAUAGUGUGGUUACAACAAAUCACAGCAAACAUCAGUCUGCUGUGUGUCUGUCACUAAAGUAUACACCACUGUUAUAUAACUCUGGUUGUGUAUUUAAUACUUGGGUGAUAAUAUAUUCACUUCCCCACUGUGGAUAUUGAUGCUGCAUAAGGACACACAGGAAUAUGACUUUUUAAAAUCUUACACAAGUAUGGGUGUCUAGACUGUUUAAUAAUGAAAUUUUCUUCUACAUCAACAAGACAGCUUUUACAUUAUUUAUCCAGAAAUCAGGAUGUGACAGCUACUCACACACCACACAAUUUGCUCAAUUUGAAUUUAAUAUGCCCACACAGAAUAAAACAUCUGCUGGAUUUGGAUCUUGCAUUUGCUAUUUUUAAAAUUCAUUAGUGGAUACAAAUUAGCACACAGCCUAGAUCAGCUUCAUAUCAUCUCUAAUGACCUGUCUCACAGAUUUGAUUCAGAGGUUAUUUAAAUGGGAUCAGCUAAGAUGUGUCUUUUCUAGAAACAUCAGGAAGAAGAGGAGACGGCACUCUGACUUCUCCUCUUAAAUCAGACAAAGCUGUAGGUGGAAGAAAAUGACAACAUAAAUUUUUUUCGGCUUGUUCAGACAAGAAUAUUCCUGCUUUUUGCUUCCUAAUAUGUGCAUCUCUAACCUUCUUUUAUUUUCUGAAAAUGUAAUGCCAGAUGUUUAGAAUCUGACAGCGGUUUAUACACAGCACAGCUGGUGGAAGACAGCAGGAGCAGAGAUCCCUCACUGGGCUUAAUAUUUCUUCUAUAGGGUCUUGUGAGAAUCCUAAUCUCAUCUGGCUGAAUCAUAUACAGCUGAAUGUGCAGGCUGAAUAGCUGCAAAUUAGAACAUUCACUUGGGCACAAAGAUGUCGAAGGCCUGAUGUGGGAUAAGCCAAUGAAAGAAAACACAGACUUAUGCACACUUUGAUGUCUUUCACUGCUGGCAAGAAAAUAAAAGCCAAAUCAGAGAAUCUUGA